AUGAAUUUUGCGACGCGUCGGACUCUUCGCCGCUCGCAAACCGUCGAUCAUGAUGAGCUCGCCGAUUCAAAAAUUGGGCUUGUCGCGAUGCUUCCCUCCACUCAGCCAAAGCGUCGGGGACGACCGCCCAAGUCAUCAACAUCCGUAUUAUGCAGAAAGCCCAAGCCUCGUGGACGGCCUCGCAGCACUGCUUCUCACAUAAUGUCUGAUGAGCGCAUCGCAUUGAGAUUGGACUGGCGAAUGCGCAAAUCCACGAUGGGCAAACGAGUCGGCGAUGCCGCUCGGUCAGUCUACCGUCUGUCGCGCCAGUGGCCGUGGGACUUUGUCGCAGGCUUCGCUCCGAAGAGCUGGGGUAUCGAGAUUCUGGAGACUAUGAGAAGGCUUUUUAGGACUAUCUACCGAGGCUUUCCGGAUCAUCGGAACGACUUUCAGUUUGUCAAGAAUUAUCUGCGCGAAUGCGCAAUGAGGCGCGAUCGACGGCGCCCGCAUUUGAAGAACUGCGAUGUUGUGGAGGCAUGCGAUUAUUUCGCUGAUAACGAUAAUGCCAGACGCGAUGUUGUUCACACAACGCACACAACAGUGACGCGAUUGAAGCGCUCAAUCAGUCCGGUCGUGCAAGAAGAUGAGGAUGGAUGGCUAGACUACACAGGCAUUGACCAUUUUGGCGACGAGGAUGAUGAUGAUGAUGGGUAUGUCGACAUUGCUACACCUGCAAAGCGAUCAAGAACGCCCUCGUCACCUUCACUGAGCCCGAAGCGAGCACGAACGGCGGAGCCUACCGAGCCUCGCCAACAGACCAUCACAGACAUCGGCAAUUCCUUACAGUCACUGCACGCCCAAAAGCAUAAAGAGCUCGAAGAAGUGACCAAUUCGCUGGACGAGGUUGCAACUUCAAUCCAAGCAAGUGAAGCCACACAAAUAAACCACAUCAACGCAAAAGUCGACAGACUAUGCUCCAAAAUGAAAGCCUACGAGUCAGAACGGGAAAAGAUCCUCAAAGCCCGAACCUUUGUGGAACAGCACCACGAAGAAAUGAUGAUGAAAGAAGACGAUCUCGCAAAGUCACUGCAGCAGUACACGUCACAGCUCGAAGAAUGCGAUAAAUUAAUAGCGCAGGCAAACGCCGACGUUUUAGAAGAGCUGGGUCAGAUUGAGGAGAGGGAUGUUGACCUGGAGGAUGAGGAGAAGAGGUUGGAGGCGCGUGUGAAGGAGGUUCUAGAGGAGGUUAGACAUUGCAGUGUUGUCGAGACGUUGGUGAGGUUGGGGCCUGGUGGGAUGGCGAAGUUGUUGGGGAGACUGGAGGGGAAUGGCGUUGAGUUGGUCCAGAUGGCGGAGAGUAUCAUGAAUGAGGCUGAGGAAUAG